AUGGCCUCACUUCCACUUCCCCGCGUCGACUCUGUCGCGGAUUAUACCUCAUUCAAGCUCACCGUUCAGCCUUUCCUCGAGCAGCUGCAAUGGCUACCCGCAAGUCUGCGGGAGGCCGGUCUCAACUUGAAUAACCUAAAGGAAGUGUAUCUCGCCACCAACCCCAUGGUGUUUGCCUUUACGCUUUGCUCUGUGCUGGCUUGCGGCUUUUUUGCGGCGGCCGAGUUCAAUCGCAACUUCUCUCAAGUGGAUCGCUUUUGGAGCAUCCUGCCUGCUGUGUACAAUGUCCACUUUGCUCUUUGGGCACGCAUGUCUGGCAUUCAGACUCAAACUAUUUUCACGAUCGCCGUGCUGAGUGUUCUGUGGAGUGCGCGCUUGACAUUCAACUACUGGCGCAAAGGAGGCUACAAGAUUGGUUCCGAGGACUACCGUUGGGAAAUUGUGCGAUCGCAAGUGAACAACACUUUCCUGUUCACCAUCUUCGAUUUCACUUUCAUCGCGGUGGCUCAGUCCCUUUUGCUCCUGCUCAUCACUGCUCCAACCUACGCUUUCGUCGUUGCUGCUUACAACCAAAGCAGCGAGGUCUUCACACCCGCUGACCUGUUCUUCUCCCGUUCUACUAUCUUCAUCCUGAUCGUUGAGUUCUUCGCCGACCAGCAGCAGUGGGAUUUCCAAACUGCCAAACAUGAAUACCAGAAGACUGCGCGCAUCCCUGAGCGUUACAAGGACAAGUUCACGCAGGAGGAUCUGGAGCGAGGUUUCGUCGUCAGUGGUCUCUGGUCAUGGUCGCGUCACCCCAACUUCGUUUGCGAGCAGCUUGUUUGGUUGACUCUGUACCUCUGGGCCGCCUUUCGCACUGGGACUUAUUUCUCUUGGAUCGGUCUUGGUGUCGUCGGCUAUGUUCUGAUUUUCCAGGGGAGCACCCGUCUCACUGAGUCAAUCAGUGCCAAGAAGUAUCCCGAGUACCGCGAGUACCAGGCUCGAGUGGGGAGAUUCAUUCCCCGCCUCUCCGUGGAACCGAAGAAGAUCAAGCCGGCUGCGAAGAAGGCCGCUGCCAAGAUCGACGAAGUUGUCGGUACUGAGAAAGCGGAAGACAAGAAGAGCAAAUGA